AUGCCUCUACCAUACGAAUACCAUCCCACUACCGGUCACGACACAGAUCCCGAAGAUGAUCUUGACUUAGAUGAACUGGACUAUGCUAGCCCAAAGCCCAAGCCUCGAUCCGCGAACGCUCGAUCUUCACCAUGGCAUCCUACUCCCACGAUCAACUCUGUGCCUCUGAAGCCCAUGCUUGAGCGUUCGCCCCAGCGUUUCUGGCCUGCCAAAGGACGCAAGCAGCAACGAGAUCGUGGUGAUGACCUUGAAGGUCUGCUUGGAGAUGAGUUGGACGAGGACUCUCGCGGCUGGAACGUCCGUCGAGUCGAUAGAACCACCACACGAUCACGCCCAGUCCACCACUCACGCCGUUCAAGUUUAAGGCAGAGUGUGCAGCUUGCUGGUUACAUGCGACAGGAAUAUGCUGAGUUGCGCGAGGAACCUGAAGUUAGCAACAAGGACUCAAGAGAGAUCGAAGUUGCCCGUCUGCAGCAGAAACGAUAUCCUCCCAAUAUUGUCUCUAAUGCUAAGUACUCUUUAUGGUCCUUCUUACCCUUGACCCUCUACAACGAGUUUCGCUUCUUCCUCAACAUCUACUUUCUGCUUGUAGCUCUGUCGCAAAUCAUCCCAUAUUUACGCAUCGGUUACAUGUCGACCUACAUUGCUCCUCUCGUCUUCGUCUUAACCAUAUCUAUCGGCAAGGAGGCAUUUGACGACAUCGCAAGGAGGCGCCGUGAUGCCGAAGCUAAUUCUGAGCUGUAUACAGUGCUGGCCCUGGACCAGGAUGUCUCAGGUCGACCGAUUGCCACACCUGCUCUGGAGAUUCAGAAAAAGUCGAGGGAUCUCAAGGUCGGCGACGUCCUGAAACUGGACAAGAACCGCCGAGUGCCUGCCGAUGUGAUCAUUCUGAAAAGCACUCCUGCUGAGGCAGUAGUAGAUAUUGUACCUGAUCAGUCGCCUGCUGAAGAUUCGUCUGCAGCGGAAACCUUUAUUAGAACUGAUCAGUUGGAUGGUGAGACAGACUGGAAGCUCCGACUUCCUUGUCCACUGACUCAAGGUCUGAAUGUGGCCGAUUUACGUCGGCUACGAAUCGCCGCUGGCGCCCCAAGUCAGAAGGUCAAUGAUUUUGUAGGAACUGCAGCUCUGACACCUGCACCAUCAGCCUAUGAUCCACAUGUUGCUAAGGAUAGAGAGGACGAAGAUGCGAAUACAGCCGAGUCAGAUCCAUCAACCACAUCUGUGCCUUUGUCUAUUGAUAAUACUGCUUGGGCCAAUACUGUGUUAGCGUCGAACACGACUACACUUGCUGCUAUCAUUUAUACUGGUAAGCAAACACGAUCAGCUAUGUCAACGAGUCAGUCUCGAUCAAAGAUUGGUCUUCUGGAAAUGGAGAUCAAUACACUCACCAAAAUUUUGUGCAUAAUGACACUUAGUCUGUCAAUCAUUCUGGUUGCUCUGGAAGGCUUCGAGCCAUCGAACAAGAAACCAUGUCUGCGUGUCAACCUUGACAUGGGCAAGACUGUCUAUGCCCAUUUCAUCGAACGCGAUCGGGGAAUCCCAGACACUGUGGUCCGUACUAGCACUAUCCCGGAGGAUCUUGGUCGCAUCGAGUAUCUGCUCUCGGACAAGACAGGAACCUUGACUCAAAACGAAAUGCAGCUUAAGAAGAUUCAUGUUGGCACAGUAUCAUAUGCUGGAGAAGCAAUGGAGGAAGUCUCGACCUAUAUUGACCAAGCAUUCGCCCAGGAUGUGGAACAAAAGCAACUUGCUCGUACAAAUGGCACUACACCUCGCAGUCGACGAGAGGUCGGAACUCGCGUACGCGACCUCGUGGUUGCACUUGCACUCUGUCACAAUGUGACACCAUCGACUGAAGAAGUUAACGGCGAACAGAUAACCUCAUAUCAGGCUUCUUCACCCGAUGAGAUUGCUAUUGUCGAGUUCACGGAAAGUGUGGGACUAAGAUUGCACCAGCGUACACGCGAGAUGAUCACUUUGCAAUCCACGACGACCAACAAGAUCGUCCUCACCGCCCAAAUUCUCGACAUUUUCCCAUUCACAUCCGACAGCAAACGUAUGGGUGUCAUAGUCCGUGUCUCUUCUGAUCUGCCAGAUUUGAACAUUACUGACGACCUGGUCUUCUACCAGAAAGGCGCUGAUACAGUAAUGAGUACUAUCGUGGCAGCAAAUGAUUGGCUCAAUGAAGAGACUGCAAACAUGGCUCGAGAAGGUCUUCGUACUCUAGUCGUUGGCCGCAAGAAGCUAACACAGCAACAAUACGACGCUUUCGCAUCCGCGUACCGGACCGCAAGCCUGUCUUUGCAGAAUCGCGACACCAACAUAGCAUCAAUAGUGGCACAGCACCUGGAGCACUCUCUAGAGCUACUCGGCGUCACUGGUGUUGAAGACCGGCUUCAGAAGGACGUUAAACCCUCCCUCGAACUCCUUCGCAACGCAGGCGUCAAGGUCUGGAUGCUGACAGGCGACAAAGUCGAAACAGCACGCUGCGUCGCUGUAUCUGCUCGCCUCGUUGCCCGCGGCCAAUCAAUCACAACCAUCGCCAAGAUUCCCAACAAGCAAGCAGCCCAAGACGCCCUCGAUGGCCUCCAAAACAGAUCCGACGUCUGCAUGCUCAUCGACGGCGAAUCCCUCGCCAUCAUGCUCACCCACCACCGCACACAAUUCAUCAGUAUCGCAGUCACCCUCCCCUGCGUCGUCGCCUGCCGCUGCUCUCCAACUCAAAAAGCAGAAGUUGCAUCCCUGAUCCGCAUACACACUAAAAAACGCGUCUGCUGCAUCGGCGACGGCGGCAACGACGUCUCCAUGAUCCAAGCCGCCGACGUCGGCAUCGGCAUCGUCGGCAAAGAAGGUCGACAAGCCUCUCUCGCGGCGGAUUUUUCCAUCACCCAAUUCAGCCAUGUGACAAAACUGCUCGUCUGGCACGGGCGGAACAGCUAUAAGCGCUCUGCGAAAUUGGCGCAAUUUAUCAUCCAUCGCGGUCUGAUUAUUAGUGUCUGUCAGACAAUGUACAAUAUUGCUGGGAAGUUUGACCCGAAGGGGUUGUUCAAGGAUUGGCUGCUGGUCGGCUAUGCGACUGUAUACACUAUGGCGCCUGUUUUCUCACUUGUGCUUGACAGAGACGUUGACGAGAAGCUCGCGAAUUUAUACCCAGAGCUAUACAAGGAAUUAAAGACCGGACAGAGCCUAUCAUACAAGACCUUCUUCACCUGGGUCGCAGUCAGUAUCUACCAAGGCAUCGUCAUCCAAGGCCUAUCUCAACUCCUCGUCGGAGCCGUCGACGGACCACGCAUGCUAUCCGUUUCUUUCACGGUGCUCGUGCUAAAUGAGCUAAUCAUGGUGGCCGUGAGCAUCACGACUUGGCACCCCAUCAUGAUAUUAUCCAUCGUUGGCACGGGUGUCUUCUAUGCGGCCAGUGUACCGUUUUUGGGAGCGUAUUUUGAUCUUGCGUAUGUGGUUAGUUGGAGCUGGGUUUGGAGGGUUGCGGCUGUUGCGGCGAUUAGUUUGGUGCCUGUUUGGGGUGGCAAAUUGAUUAGUAGGGCGGUGAGGCCGCCGAGUUAUAGAAAGGUGCAGGUGUGA